ACCGCCCCAAGGACGAUGGCCGGGUCUCCUGCACUGCUCCUCCUGCUCAGCCUGGGGCUCUGCUGUGCCGGCACCCAGGGACAGAGGGAUGCAUUCGUGGUCAGGUUCCCCAACAGGAGAAUCAUACAGCCCCAGGAGGGACAGCGGCUGGAGUUGGACUGCUGGAGAAACAAAACCUCCUGGAAAGUAUCCUGGAUCCGCCUGGAUAAGGAUGGGAACCUUCACUUCAUCCUCUCCAUUACCCAUUCUCAUUCCAGCACAAUGCAGGAGAGUGAGAAAACAGCUACAAACUUUGAGGCACUAUGGAGAGGAAACUCCUAUCGACUGGUGGUGAAAUCCUUCAGGGCACAGGACCAGGGGAUCUAUUUCUGCGUCAACUACAUCAACCCAGGGCUGCACUUCAGCUCUGGACAACCCGCCUUCUUCCCAGGUCAGCAACAGCUUCACCCACCUCGCUUACACCCACCACCCCUGCCUGUGCCUUCUCAAUCUGGCCCAGCACCCACACUCCCCACAUCCCUGCUUCUUUGCCCAAGCCGUCUCAUCACACAGGCACUGCUCCUCCUCAUAGAGGCUCCCUGCCCACCUGUUCCGUUCGCGGUACCAGCCCUGCCCAAACAUACAGGUGGUCACAGCCCGGCAGCACCUCCCCAUCCCAUCAGUGCUUCUGAGGGAUGGGAGUUACAAAGUCCACAGGCCCCAACGUCUUUCUCGCAGCGAGGGGCCCCAAACUGGACACAGUACUCGAGGUACUCGCUGCACCGCCUCGAGGACGAUGGCCGGGUCUCCUGCACUGCUCCUCCUGCUCAGCCUGGGGCUCUGUGA